CCCAGCACUGUACACCCCUGGCCCGUCCAGUUUGGGUAUAGUGUAAUCACCAGCCUGGGCGUUGGAAUCACGGGAGGGUUGUAUAACUUCCUCAAUCCAUUGUCGAUCGACAGAAAAGAGCAGUGUAGGUUCCAUUCUUCUCGAAAAAAUACCUACUGAUAGUCUUAAACUUGCUGACACUGACGUGACGAGCAGAUCUGGCCAUUGGUGCGGGUGUUCAAGCUCGUAUGCUCGGCGGCUCGGUUGGCAUCGCUGUGGUCAACAGUAUAUGGGUGAACCACGUACGAGUACACCUGAGGUCGAUGCUCACUGAAGCUGAAAUCAACACUCUGCUCACAGACCUCGGAUCGCUGGUGAACGAGCCACAGCUAUGGCACUCGGACCCUUCUUUGACGUUGCCGUCAUGACCAAUAACGAAUCCUUGCAAAGCCGUUUUAACGGAGCAAGUGGACGGACUGAAACAGAGCUGCUCACCCUCUUGGACUACUACUAUGAUCCUACCAGACCAGCGGAUCAUGGUGACUGCGAGCCAACUGUGAUACGUUUCGUGCCGGAGAUAGAAAACAGAAAGCUUGCCUAUAUCAUGCACAAACCCGUGUUCCGUGGCAUCAACGCGGCGGAAAUGACUGGCGACGCAUCCUCAGACGUCAAUAAAGCAGUUGUUAUCAAUAGCCGUGUCGUUUUAAGCGCUUCUUUGCGACAAAGCCCACAGCAGCCGAAGCUGCCAACACUGUGAGCGAGGCACUGGCAGCCAAGCUUGCCGAUAUUAUGGCCUUAUCGCGGGAUGAAAUUGACAUAACAGCGCCAAUCCGUGGCUUCGGCUUAGAUUCUCUUGUCGCCGUCGAGAUUCGCAACUGGCUGAGCAAGGAAGUUCGAGCUGACAUGGCCAUAUUCGACAUUUUGUAGGCGACCUCAACGGCGGCUUUAGGUGCUGCGGCUGUUGGGAAGAGUAGUUAUUUUGCAUAGACUACGCGGAGCAUGAUGUAUAAACAAGGCUAGAUAGAUAGCUCAGCUUUUGCAAUGACUUUGCCGGUUUGUUGUUUGAAGUCUUCACUCUUGUCAUUCGAUUGCUCUAUUGUGAGUUGCAAACUCCGCAUUGCCAUUGAUCUGGCUAUUUUGUAUUGAAGGCUCAGAUAUAUGAGUCUUAAAAAUUAGAGACUUGACUAUGACGUUAUCGGACCGUUUGUGAAACUGGGGUCGUGUUCAUGAUUGCAUUCGGAAUCCACAUAGAUACUAAUCCAUAGUUGUUAGCCAGGAACACCAUCGCCGUCUUUAAUAAACUUAAGGUUCAGCAGUUAAUUUCCUGUCUCUUCGAGUCACGUGCAAGGAACACUAGACUCGUGUGGGACUAUUCUAGCUCUAAGGUCCCAAACAUGCUUUUGACCCGAUGGAAGGGAGAAAAAAGCUUUUACAUGCUGCAAAAUUGUCCACCGGUUUCUUAAGUGCUGUCC